GCGGGCGGCGGGGACCCGGCAUGGCGCUGCGGCGGGGCGGCGGCGGGGCGCUGGGGUGGCUGCUGCUGCUGCUCAGCGCCGCGUGCCUGAUCCCGCCGGGCGCGCAGGUGAGGCGGCUGGCGCGCUGCCCCGCCACUUGCAGCUGCACCAAGGAGUCCAUCAUCUGCGUGGGCUCCUCCUGGGUGCCCAGGAUCGUGCCAGGCGACAUCAGCUCCCUGAGCCUGGUAAAUGGAACAUUUUCGGAAAUCAAGGACCGAAUGUUUUCCCAUCUGCCUUCCCUGCAGCUGCUAUUGCUGAACUCUAACUCAUUUACCGUCAUCCGGGAUGAUGCUUUUGCUGGACUUUUCCAUCUUGAAUACCUGUUCAUCGAAGGGAAUAAAAUAGAAACCAUUUCAAGAAAUGCCUUUCGUGGCCUCCGUGACCUGACUCACCUUUCUUUGGCCAAUAACCACAUAAAAGCACUCCCAAGGGACGUCUUCAGUGAUUUGGACUCUCUGAUUGAACUCGAUUUAAGGGGCAAUAAAUUUGAAUGUGACUGCAAAGCCAAGUGGUUGUAUCUGUGGUUGAAGAUGACCAAUUCCACGGUCUCCGAUGUCCUCUGUAUUGGUCCACCAGAGUAUCAGGAGAAGAAGCUAAAUGAUGUGCCCAGCUUCGACUAUGAAUGUACCACUACAGAUUUUGUUGUUCAUCAGACUUUGCCCUACCAAUCGGUUUCAGUGGAUACGUUCAACUCCAAGAAUGACGUGUAUGUGGCCAUUGCUCAGCCCAGCAUGGAGAACUGCAUGGUACUGGAAUGGGACCACAUUGAAAUGAAUUUCCGGAGCUAUGACAACAUUACAGGUCAGUCUAUUGUGGGCUGUAAGGCCAUCCUCAUCGACGACCAGGUUUUCGUGGUGGUGGCCCAGCUCUUCGGCGGCUCUCACAUCUACAAAUACGACGAGAGCUGGACCAAAUUUGUCAAAUUCCAGGACAUCGAAGUCUCUCGCAUUUCCAAGCCCAACGACAUUGAGCUGUUUCAGAUCGAGGACGAGACAUUCUUCAUCAUCGCAGACAGCUCCAAAGCUGGUCUGUCCACGGUAUAUAAAUGGAACAGCAAAGGGUUCUACUCCUACCAGUCUCUGCAUGAGUGGUUCAGGGACACGGAUGCAGAGUUUGUUGACAUAGACGGGAAGUCACAUCUGAUUCUGUCCAGCCGCUCCCAGGUCCCCAUCAUCCUCCAGUGGAAUAAAAGCUCUAAGAAGUUUGUCCCCCACAGUGAUAUCCCCAACAUGGAGGAUGUACUGGCCGUGAAAAGCUUUAGGAUGCAGAACGCCCUCUACCUCUCCCUCACCCGCUUCAUCGGGGACUCCAGGGUCAUGAGGUGGAACAAUAAGCAAUUUGUGGAGAUCCAGGCUCUUCCGUCCCGGGGGGCCAUGACUCUGCAGCCCUUUUCUUUUAAAGAUAACCACUACCUGGCUCUGGGGAGUGACUACACGUUCUCCCAGAUCUACCAGUGGGAUAAAGAAAAGCAGCUAUUCAAAAAAUUCAAGGAGAUUUACGUUCAGGCACCUCGUUCCUUCACAGCUGUCUCCACUGACAGGAGAGAUUUCUUUUUUGCAUCCAGUUUCAAAGGGAAAACAAAGAUUUUUGAACAUAUAGUCGUUGACUUAAGUUUGUGAGGGGGUGAUUGGUGAAUUUAAAGACACGUAGAGCUAGCUUUCACAAGAGAGGACCAAGAAGCAGAUACAAAGCCAAGUUCAGGGCUCUGCAAUUAAAAAUGCACUGGGGAACUAGUUAGAAGUUUUCAACAUUUUAGAACUCCCAUUUUGGUCAGGGAUUGCAUUUAUUGGCUAACUGCAUGACAUGUCCAUUUUCCCAUUUAAAAAGACAUCUUGAAGCCUGUUAUCUCUAAGAAAAGAGAACAGCAUUAACUCUUACCAUCUAGGAAAGUAAUGUGCUUUUUGCUUUUUUCUUUUUUUUAAGUGAGGAAGGAGGAAAUCGGAUAAGAUGGGACAGUUCUUAUAAUGGAAAUAAUAAACAAACAAACAAACAAA